AUGUUCCAGGAGACGGCGCCAUCGCAUCCCUCCCUAUCGCAUCUCUGCUUGCUCGUCUUCGAAGCCGUCCUGGAGGUGGUCUGCGUGAGCUUGCCGGGAUACAUUGUCGCGCGCCUUGGUCAUUUCGACGCUGAUAAACAAAAAUUCCUGGCGAAUUUGAAUGUCAUGCUCUUUACGCCUUGCCUUAUCUUCACCAAAUUAGCUUCCCAACUCAACGCUGAAAAGCUGUCCGAUCUCGCCAUCAUACCCGCCAUCUUUAUCGUACAAACGCUCGUAUCAUGGAUAGUCUCGAUUCUCGUUGCCAAAGGAUUCCGAUUCAACAAGCGAGCCUCCAACUUUGUCACAGCCAUGGGCGUCUUUGGCAACUCUAAUUCGCUGCCAAUCUCCCUUGUGCUCUCCUUAUCGCAGACGAUCAAGGGCCUCCACUGGGACAGGAUACCUGGCGAUAAUGAUGACGAAGUCGGCGCGCGCGGCAUCUUAUAUCUUCUAAUCUUCCAGCAGCUUGGUCAACUUGUCAGAUGGAGCUGGGGAUAUCACGUUCUGCUAGCCACCAAAGACAAGUACCCAGAAUAUCAGGAUGAUUUAGUCGAGGAGGGCCAAUACAGAUACAGCGACGAAGAACCAAGCGAACAGGAGCCCGAGAUUCUCAUUGGUGGCCUGGAUGGUGAUACUGAAGAUGACGUUGACGAUGCCGACUUGCUGAAUUUCAAGAAGGGCAACUUCCCUGCGAAUGGACAUACGCUUGCUAAUAAUGGCCUGGAGGAUGACAUUCUUUCAUUUCCCCGGAUCCGUCUUCAAGACGAGACUGAAGUCGAUGACCGUGCAGUUGGUGCCACGUCUCGCCAGUAUCAGCGGCUCCCUCAGCCUGUACAAACCAUCCUUUCCUUCAUCUCUAAGUCAGUCGCCAAGGCAGUCAACUUCGCUUGGGAGUUCAUGAAUCCCCCUCUGUGGGCUAUGCUCUGUGCUGUCAUCGUUGCGUCUGUCCCGAAGCUUCAGCAAUUGUUUUUCGAGGAGGGUUCAUUUGUCAAGAACAGUGUCACCAACGCGGUCCAGUCUAGUGGAGGCGUCGCAGUGCCUUUGAUCUUGGUUGUUCUCGGUGCCAACCUGGCUCGCAAUACUGCCGCUCACGAAUUUCCCCUCGACCCCGAGGAGGAAAAGAUUGGAACCAAGCUCUUGAUCGCCUCGCUAUUGAGCAGGAUGUUUUUGCCAACACUAAUCAUGGCUCCCAUAUUGGCCCUCACCGCAAAGUACCUGCCUAUCAGCAUUCUUGAUGACCCCAUCUUCAUCAUCGUGUGCUUCCUGCUCACUGGUGCGCCUAGCGCGCUUCAACUUGCGCAAAUUUGCCAAAUCAACAAUGUGUAUGAGAAGACUAUGGGUAGAAUCCUGUUUCAGAGCUACGUCAUUUGGAUUCUCCCUUCUACUCUUUUUCUUGUCAUGAUGGCUCUCGAGGUUAUCGAGUGGGCCAAGGUGUAUUAG